AUGGCGUAUGGCUUCGCUGCGAGCAUUGCUGUGACCGCGGGCUUUUCUGCCUUUGUCUGGGUGUCGAUUAGCCUGCGGCUGUAUGUGCGGUUGUGGCUGCAUAAUCGGCCCUUUCUCGAUGAUCUUUUUGCGGCGCUUGGGACGGCAGUGUACUCGGCACAGGCUAUCUAUUUCAUCAUCGGCGUGGUCCGCCAUGGCAUCUCCCAGAGCGCAGACGAGCUGCCCAAGCAGACGUAUUCAGACGGCAUGCGGGUCAUCUUCGCCUGCCUCCUCCUCUACUACACCGGCACGUACAUGAUGAAACUCUCCUUCAUCUUCACCCUGCACCGCAUCGUCCAGAACAAGAAGUACUACCGAUAUACCCUGUAUCUCCUCAUCUUCACCGGCCUUGUGAUCACGCUGGUCAUCAUGUUCUGGGUGCUCUUCUUCUGCCGUCCGGUCAGUUACUUCUGGAGACAGGUCGCUGAUCCGGACGGCGGGUCAUGCAGGGCGAUCAACAAGAUGACAAUUGCGUCUGUCGUGCAUGCUUGCUGGAUUCUCGUCGCGGAUAUCAUGCUCGGUCUUGUCUUGCCCGUGCUACUCCUGCGACAGCUGCAGAUGAAUAUACGGACGAAAUCGUCUGUUUUACUUUUGCUAGGACUGAGUCUUCUAGCAACAAUAGCGACAAUCAUCCGAAUCUCCUACGUCACAACCCUCACAACCGCAGACAUGCUCCGCUCCAACAACCCCAUCAUCCUCUGGUCCACUAUGGAACUCGCCACAAACAUCAUCACCACCUCCGCGACAACCUGGAAGCCCCUCCUGGUGAAACUCGGCAUCAUCACCAGCUCGGAAAUCUCCGCCCCGCUUGCCGCGUUGACGAAUAGCCGGAAACUGCGCAACCAGAACGCUUUUAGUAUAGAGCUGGGUCGGUCGGGUAAGGGGCCGCAGACGCUUGUUGAGGCUCGUCCUGCCUUCUCGGAGGGGGAGGUGGAAACGUCUUCUACCGAGAGGAUACUGGUUGAGAGGGAGGUACAUGUUUAUUCUGACUAUCACGGACAUCAGCGGGGUGAUUAUUGA